UCCACAAAUCGCAACAAUGUCUUCAACUCAAUCUCGUUUCAAGUUCCGUGAACGCCGCUCCGUCACCGGAAUGUCUCUUCCGGCCGAUUCCACCGCUCCUAGGAUCGUCCGCAUCUUAGUCACUGACUCCGACGCCACCGAUACAUCCAGCAGCGACGACGACGACAACGACGCCCAACUCGUGCGCCUCGUCUCUCGCCACAUAAACGAGAUCCACCUCCACAAUUCUACGCACUCGAAGCUGAAGGAAGUUAAACCGAUCAAGAAAUUCCGCGGCGUACGGCGGCGGCCGUGGGGGAAAUUCGCGGCGGAGAUUCGUGAUCCGAAUAAACGCACUAGAAUCUGGCUUGGAACCUAUGAUUCGCCUGAGGAAGCCGCAAUCGUCUACGAUCAAGCAGCGAUUCGAUUCCGAGGUCCUGAUGCUUUAACUAACAUCCUCAAGCCGCCGCAACGGAAUCCGCCGCCGGAGGAGAUUUAUGAUUCUUCAAUGCAAAUCACCGAUGACCUCUCCGCCGUAUCCGGUGGAGGAAUGUGGUUUUCUCCAACUUCGAUUCUCAGAGACGACGAUUGGAAUGCGGCAGCGGCGGAAAUGUUAGGAGAUGAGAUGGAGUUGAUGGAUUACUAUUACCGGCCUCCGAGGAUAUUUCUGGAGGAAACGAGCUUCCCGGAAAUGGCGAUGUUUUGCGGCGGUUUUUGCGACGGCGCGGUGGAUUUGGACGGAAAUUUUGGGUCAUGUAAAUGGGAUGUGGGGACCUAUUUUGAAUAAAAGGAGAAUUCACUUUCUACAUUGCAUUGACCAUUAGGGAGACCGAGUCGACCAACUCGGUGGUGGGUCAAAUCGUAAUUUUAAUUUAAUUUCAUUGACAUGAAUAUUUUAAUGUUUUUAACAUUUUAACAUUGUGAAAAAAAAAACAUUUUGAGGAAGAUAUAUGUAAAUUUACUACAUCUUAUUUAAUGUUAA